AUGUGGCAGAUGGAAGGGCAGGGGCAGCUGAGCGGAUCCCCUCAACACGGUGCAGCAGUUCGUGGCGGCGCUCGGGGCGGGGGGCGCGGGGGCUGCGGGGCUGCGGGGGGCGCGGGGGCUGCGGGGGGCGCGGGGGCUCCCGCUGUGUCGAGAGCCUCGGACACCGAGAGCUACAGCCGCUUCCUGUCGCUGCUCCUCGUGUGUGUCCCUCCGGACACCAAACCCCUGAGCCCCGCCGCCAGCUACCAGCAGCUCUCAGCUCAGAGUGAUGUGGUUCUGCGAGUAAUUCAGAGGAUUUGUGAGAAAGGCAAAAAAAAUGUUCUAGCCUUUGGUUACGCCAACGUAACGGAAACCAGCUCCAUGUCCGUCAGGUUUGCUCCCAACCUAUGUAGUUACCAACCAAAUCCUACUACAGUUACAAUCAAGAACAGUAUAUUGUGGAAAACGUUGCUGAGCAGAAUCGGUGACGAUGUAAUGAUGUACCUGUUAGAACAUUGCUCUCUCUUUAUGCUGGUAAAACCAAGCUGUUGCUAUCAGCUGUGUGGCGUUCCCAUCUACAGCCUCAUCACCGCUGGCACCAGGCUGCCUGCUUUGUGGCUCAGAAGGAGACCAAUCCGAGCUCGGUUCAAUAUUUUGCUGAAGAUUGUUCAGAAGAGAAUCCGAUUUCACAAGGGGUUCCUGCUAAAGAGAAAGAGAAGAACUUUGGUGGAUAGGGAUAGCUGCCUGGAUGCAAGAGGAACCACUGAAUGCAACAAACAAAAAUGGACACAAAUAGUAAGUGUACACACUCGCAAACCUGCAAAGAGAGCUAAACUUGACACGGAUAUUGCCAAAGACACACCACGGGAUGUAUCCAGCACGGGAACAAAGGUUACUGAAGUAAGGCCGCUAAAAAGACUUCUCCAUGAUGAGGACAAAGCAGAAUCUCCAGCAAAAAAGGUAAAACGAGACAGAUCGCCAGAGGGUGCGAUCCCUCAUUCCACCCCACCCGAGAUAUUGUCUGCAGGAAAUAAAAUGAACGAGUCUCCUGAGAAAGUGGAGGUAUCUGACAGCACAAGCAUUCAUUCCACCAGAGGAGGACUUGUAGAACAGAAAGUCAUAGACGCUAAAACUGGUGUUGGCUGUCAACGAAAAUACCCGCAGGGAAGCACCCGAGAGAGAAAGAGAACAUGGCAAGAAGGUACCAUCGCAGGUUACAAAAGACAGGCUCCAGGGACCGAUGCCAAAGCAACUCACCCAACUGGAGCAGGUGGAGUCGAAGUCAAAAGGAGUUGGCAUUUCAUGGGUGUCCAAGAGGCUGUUUCUUUUGGUAAAAGUGUUAAUUCUGAAAGUAAUGAAGAAAAGGUGUUAUUGGAAGGAAGAGGUUCAGAAUCCAAAGGCAAGCAGGCCAAAGUUGCAAAGAGAAAAGAUGAAUCUGGUAAGAGAUGCGCUAAAUUUGCUGCGGGGAAAGACAAGAGGGGAACGAAAAGGGCAGCGAGUAACGAGGGUGAUGACAAUGACCACUUCAAUCCUGGUCGGAGUGCAAAGCACGGGCAGAGCACAAAGUGCAUAGCCAAAAAUGACUAUAGCUGGGACGGCCUAAACCCAGAUGGACAGUGUCGUGCAGCAGUUGGUGUGUCAGGACAAGCCAAGCCAUCACCAAUUCCUGCAGAUGCAUCAGAUGCUGCAACAGUGAAGAACGUGAGAACAUGGGGGUCAGUCUAUGUUGAAAGAGGGCACAUCAUUUAUUGUAACGACAACAGGGAAUGUUUGCCAAAAAGUUUUCUACUAAAUUGCUUGCAGGGAUGUAGUUCAGGGGGUCAACGACUUGUAGAAGCGAUCUUCUUGAGCAGCGAUGCAUUUGGGAACAAUGGAAAAAAACAGCCUAACAACUACUGGAGAAAGAGGAGGCUCCCAAAGCGCUACUGGAAGAUGAAGAACGUGUUCUUUAGGUUGCUGCGAAAUUAUAAAAGAUGUCCUUAUCGGCUGCUAUUGAAUAGAAAUUGUGCGGUUAUCAUUCGGAAGGACAACAGUGUUUCAUGUUCUGAGGGAAAUCCUACCCCUUCAGUAAAUGAGUCAAAUUCAUUUUCUACUGUGAAGAUGCCUUGCAAGCCUGACAGUGACCACCUUGAAGUGAAUCGAGUUACUGGCGGAGCAACAAACCUUAUUGCAACACAGGGCCCCGUGUUAAGGAGGAAAAACUUGGAGGAUCAUACCUCAGUAAAUAAGAGUGUCCCUGGUCUCAGUUGUCCAAAUGACUUGCAUUUGGAAGCAGAGACGGGCUCUUUGCAACCUUCAGAAAUCCCUAAUUUACGCUGCCAACACAAACGCCCAACCGGAAUCCCAGCAGGAAAGCAGAAAGUAAAUAAAGAGCUCAAAGUAUUUGCAGAUUUCGAUCAGACAGGGAUGGCAUCUGGUUCGGAUGGUGACUUGCUACAGUUGCUCAAACAGUACAGUAGCCCGCUUCAGGUAUACAGAUUUGUCAGGGAGUGUCUGCUCAGAGUGAUAUCAGAUGAGCUAUGGGGCUCCAACCACAAUAAAUACAGAUUCCUAAAGAAUGUGAAGAAAUUAAUUUCCCUGGGGAAAUAUGACCGGUUCUCUCUCAGUGAACUGAUGUGGAAAAUGAGAGUGAACGACUGCACUUGGCUUCAGCUCAACAACGGUCAAUGCUCCGUUUCACCAUCUGAACACCGGUUACGUGAAGAAAUCCUGUCCAAGUUCCUCCUUUGGUUAAUGGGCACUUACGUUGUACAUCUGCUCAAGUCCUUUUUUUACAUCACUGAGACCAUGUUCAUGAAAAACAUGCUUUUUUACUACAGAAAAUGUGUCUGGAAUAAGAUAGAAAAGAUUGGCAUUCGGAAUCAUCUCGCAAAGGCGCAACUGCAACCGUUAUCUAAGGAAGAGUGGGCGAGGAAGCAACGGCAGAAAACCGCAAUUCCAUCUUAUGCACUCCGAUUUAUUCCUAAACGAAAUGGUCUGCGGCCCAUAGUGAAAAUGAGGAACAUAACGGGAUCCAAGAAGUGCGUCAAAGGGAGUAACGCGAGAAAGAUUCAGUACUUUGACUCUCAGACGAAAAUCCUGUUCAGUGCGUUGAAUUACGAAUGCAGAAGGAACCCAGACCUUGUGGGCUCCUCCGUGUUUGGACUUGAUGACAUAUACAAAGCAUGGAGGCAGUUUGUGUUAUUGCAUUUGAGAAACGACAAAAUGAGAACCCCGUAUUAUUUUGUGAAGGCAGAUGUUACUGGCGCCUAUGACACCAUCCCUCACGCAAAGCUUGUGGACGUGAUUUCACGAGUGCUGGAUCCCAAAGUCCAAGAGAACUACUGCAUCCGGCGUUAUGCCUCAAUCUGGAGCAAUUCAGCAGGACAGAUUAGAAAGUCAUUCAAAAGACAGGCUUUUACUAUGAUGGACUUGAUGCCAAACAUGAAGGAGUUUGUGUCCCAUCUGCAGCAGCAAACCUCUCUGCAAAAUGCUGUCCUAGUUGAUCAGGGUCUGACGUUGAAUGAGAACUCUGGAGACUUGUUCAGUCAUUUCAAGCAACUGAUCGUGGAGAACGUGAUUAGAAUUCAGGAUAAGUACUAUGUCCAACGUCGUGGGAUUCCACAGGGCUCGAUCCUCUCAACCUUACUCUGCAGUCUGUGCUAUGGGGACAUGGAAAACCAGCUUUUCCAAGGAAUUCAGAAGGACGGGUUGUUGCUGCGACUGAUUGAUGACUUUUUGCUAGUCACGCCUCACUUAUCACAAGCACAACGCUUUCUGAGAAUGCUGACCGCGGGAAUUCCAGAAUAUGGUUGUUUCAUUCACCCCAAUAAAACAAUGGUGAACUUCCCAUUAGACAAUGAUCUUCUGGGCUGCAUCAAUGUCAAGACACUACAGGAGCAUUGUCUCUUCCCUUGGUGUGGUUUGUUACUCAAUACACAGACCCUCGAAGUCUACUGUGACUACUCCAGUUAUGCAAACACCUCCAUCACAUCAAGCCUGACCUUCAACUGCAGUUCUAAAGCUGGGCAAAACCUGAGGCAAAAGCUGCUGGCAGUUCUGAAACUGAAGUGUCACCAGAUCUUCCUGGACCUGGAGGUCAGUACAUUGAGAACAGUUAGCAUCAAUGUCUACAAAAUAUUUCUUCUCCAGGCGUACAGAUUCCAUGCUUGUGUCAUGCGGUUCCCAUUCGGACAAAGAGUGAGAGACAAUCCUUCGUUCUUCCUCUCAGUUAUCUCUGACAUGGCUUCUUGUUGCUACUCCAUACUUAAGACUAAAAACGAAGGGAUUGCUUUAGGAUUUCAAGACGCCUCUGGUCCUUUUCCUUAUGAAGCGGCUCAGUGGCUGUGUGGCCACGCUUUUAUUGUCAAACUGUCCAGCCACAGAGCCAUUUACAAGUGUCUGCUGAGGCCACUGAAAACUUGCAAGGCUGAGUUGCAGAGAAAACUCCCAAACUCAACAAUCCUGCUCCUCCAGCCCAUAACGGAACCUGCCCUUCACCGAGAGUUUGAUCUCAUAUUGGAUUGAAGGGAAAUCAGAUAUUCGGAGUCCAAUUAGUGAAGAAAUUAUCAUUCUGAAUUUUAUCAGUUGAUAAGAAAAAAGAGACUUGCUUGAAGCAUGAGAUUUGCUUUAAGCAUAAGAUUUGCUUGAAGCUGUUUGUUGAAUGUUCCCUGGUUACCACAGAACUUGUAUUUGUCCACCUCGGUGUUAGCCUAGAACUGAUGUUAGCCUACAAGAUGCUGUUUGAUAUCUGCUACAUUUUGUAAUGUGCACUGCCCAUGGUGACUACUGUUUGCACUCUGUCCUUUAUCUAAAACGAAAAGGAUUACUGAUAUAAGAUUGUACUGGGAAAUUCUGUGCUGAAUAUGCAAUAAAUAAUUCUAAAGAAUGCCUUGUACCA